CAGUAGUAGUGAGAAAAGAAAAAAGAAAAGGAAAAGUAGUAAAUAAAAGUUGUGCUCUCCGUUUUCAGUUUCUCGUUCGUUCAGUAGUCGCAGUUGGGGCCUCGUUGUCUCAGAUCGGAGCAGAACUCUCCUUUCUCCUCAAUCCUCUCUCUAAAACCCUAACACCUCGAAAUGCCCGAACCGGAAUCGCAGAACGGACACGAACCGGAACCGCAACCGCAGCCAGAAGCAGAACCAGUGCCACCAGAACAACCGCAACCACAAUUGGAACCGAAAUCGGAACCAGAGCCCGAACCAGAACCAAAUCCCCAGCCAGAAUCAGAACCAGCGCCAGCACAAUUGGAUUCGAAGUCGGAACCAAAAUCUGAUCCAGCGGUAAACGACGCAGAUCUCAGGGAAACGACGGUCCAUUCCAAUGAGGCGCGCACCAAUCCUCCUCCCAAUCCGAAACUCCGAAAGGACGAAGGAAGUCGAACUUUCACCAUGAGAGAAUUGCUGAACGGAUUGAAAACCGACUCCGAACCCGAGAGAGAAGAUGCCAACUCUCCCUACAGCCCAGAGCAGCAGCAACAGCAGGCGGAGCAGAACAAUGCUACUAUGGAUUUGAUAAAUAGCGUUGUUGGUGCUGAUGAGGAGGGCCGGUCUCGGCAAAGGAUUCUUACAUUUGCUGCUAGGAGGUAUGCAACUGCAAUUGAGAGGAACCCUGAAGAUUAUGAUGCAUUGUACAAUUGGGCAUUGGUGCUUCAGGAAAGUGCAGAUAAUGUUAGUGCAGAUUCCACAUCACCCUCUAAAGAUGCUUUGCUUGAGGAGGCUUGUAAGAAGUAUGAUGAGGCCACACGACUUUGUCCCACACUACAUGAUGCUUUUUACAAUUGGGCAAUAGCAAUUUCUGAUCGAGCAAAGAUGCGUGGCCGCACAAAAGAAGCUGAAGAGCUAUGGAAGCAGGCAACAAGGAACUAUGAAAAAGCAGUUCAACUUAAUUGGAACAGUCCUCAGGCGCUUAAUAACUGGGGACUUGCUCUUCAGGAACUCAGUGCCAUUGUUCCAGCUCGAGAAAAGCAAAAGAUUGUGAGAACUGCGAUUAGCAAGUUUCGCUCAGCCAUACAGUUACAAUUUGAUUUCCAUCGGGCAAUAUACAAUCUUGGAACUGUUCUGUAUGGAUUAGCGGAGGACACUUUAAGAACUGGGGGAUCCGUGGGUGUUCAGGAAGUUUCACCAAAUGAAUUGUACAGCCAGUCUGCAAUAUAUAUUGCUGCUGCCCACGCAUUGAAACCAAAUUAUUCAGUUUAUAGCAGUGCUUUGCGGUUGGUGCGUUCUAUGCUACCAUUACCACACCUUAAAGUUGGAUAUUUAACUGCACCUCCCGUGGGGACAACAAUUGCACCUCAUAAUGACUGGAAACGAUCAGAAUUCCUUUUGGAUCAUGAAAAGCUUCAGCAGAUACCCAGAGGAGAACAGAAACAAGUACCUCAAAAUCUCUCAGGCAGAUCAGCAGAUGCAGUGAAUGGGGAUAAGAAAAGUAUCAAAAUAGAUAUAGCAGAUAUUGUUUCUGUAUCAGCAUGUGCUGAUCUGACCUUGCCGCCUGGUGCAGGCCUAUGCAUAGAUACAAAUCAUGGAUCAGUUUUCUUGGUUGCUGACUCUUGGGAAUCAUUGGAUGGCUGGCUGGAUGCAAUUCGUCUAGUUUACACAAUUUAUGUGCGAGGCAAAAGUGAUGUACUGGCUGGUAUAAUAACAGGAUGAAUGAAUUUUAAGUGUACCCCCAAUUUGAUAUGCCAAUUUUAGUAAGAACUCAUUAUCCAGCGUUUUGCACUUCUCCGCGAACUUGUGUAUAAUAUUGAGUAAUGUAUGAAAUAAUUUCAAUACAAUUGAAAAAUCUUGGUUUACUCGUUGAUCAGUGUUGAACAUUCUAAUUUUUACCAAUAUAUAUUUUACAAGAGUUGUAGAAUUUUAGGAACUGAAAUAUGAAUCCAUGUACUUUGUUGGACAGGUGUCCGUACUUGUAAUUGUACGAAUUUCUCUUGCGGUUCAA